ACAAAAAAAAUCAAAUAAAAGGAAUUUUUGGAAAAAAUAAUAAAAAACCAACAAAAAUAAAGAGUUCAACUAUAAAGUAAAAACUAAAUUCAGACAUAAUGGAAUGUACAUCGCAACAUUCCGAUUUUAAAGAAAAUUCCUCAAAUUCUAGCUGUGAAAAUAUUUUGAAAAUAGUCGAACAGCAACAAAUCAAAACAAAAACUUACCAAAAACAUGUAGCCGAGACCACCGAAACUCAACAAAGAACCAGCUUGAUGUCUCUUAAGACUAUGCAAAAUAUACCGCAAUCCUUGGGUACAGCACAGCGCAAGAAACGUUUGCAAAGACAAAAAUCAGCGGUAUAUAGCGGAGAUGAAACCGAAUAUGCUGCCGAUCUUGAAGAGGAAGAUGAUGAUGAGAUCGAUGAGGGCUAUGGGCCUAAUGAAAGAGAAUCGAAUAUUAAUUUACCCUCCGUAUCCAAUUUAAGCAGUCAGAAAAAGAAACAAGUACGUUUUCGCAACAAACAACAAAGUGAGAGUUCACUGAAAUUAAUGAGUCAACAUGCUCCCAUCGAAAAGACUUUUUCCUCGUCUUCCUUGACCUCUUCUUUGAAUUCAUCCGCUUCAGCUGGUAGUCAUGAAAGACGUUUAAAAUCAGAUGGUUCUUUUGAUUCGAUACCAGAAUUACCGCACUGCAGUGGUCUGCUGCAGAGGCAAAAGUGUAUUUUAAAACGUGAUAACUCAGUACAUUCCGAUUCCAGUCGUUAUUCUAGUGUUGAUAGCUUACUAGAGGCUCGCAAACCCGAUCCAGAGGCCAUACUUAUUAAUCUUGGUUUCGGUCCAGUGGGUUCUGAAGAUAUACUCUCGCGCAUACCCAAACGUUUUCUCAAACCCUCUCAAGUACGUGGCAUCGAUACAGAUGCCUUUAUUAAACGUCUACAAUUGGCCAAUAAUUUGGCCGAUCAUAGUGUUUUGGGCUAUCGUGGCCUAACGGGUAAUCCCGAUAUACCACCCUCUCAUAUUGUGGCCAAAAUAAUGGAACGUUUUGAGGUUAAUGAACGCAAAAAGUCACUAACAUCUAUGGAACUGAAAUUACGAUGACCAUCAUUUACUUUAGUUAUUUUAGUUAAUUAGAUUAUUAUUUUUAAGUUUUAAUUAAAAGAAUCUUACAGUCAAUACGUAUGCCAUUUUAAUAUUACUAUUUUUUAAUUUACAAGAUAUUCUUGUGUGAUCUUUACUUAAUUAAUUUAAAAUUUAAUUAUGUAGUGAAAAAUUGUUAAUCCCCUCUCUACUUUUAAACAAAAAUUAUAUUAUGUGUCGUACUUAUUAUUAUUUUUGCCAGUUUAUUUGUUUUUAAGUGAAAUUGUUACUUAAUUUUAUAAUAAAUGAUUUAUAUUUAAUAAAAUAAAAUAAUGCACA